AUGUCCAAUAGCGACGUCUUUUCCGCUCUCGAGGAUAAGAUAAACAAACUUAAAGCCGACAAUGCUUUGCUUACUGCUGACAACGAACGGCUCAACACAACUAACAAUGCCCUGCGGGCUGACCGAGAAGCUGUGGAAGAAGCCCAUCAAGCAGAUGUUCGCAGCCUGCGCGCACAGCUUGACAAAGCACAAAAAGCACAGCGAGAGUUAGAACUGCGGCUGCUGGAAUUUACGCGUGCUUCAAAUGACGAACCUGAACCGUUCGUUUGCCUCAUGCCGAAGCCUCCGCUUGACUUGGACCAAGUUUGUUUGAGUAACGAGCAGGAGGAGUGGUUGGGCGGCCGUCGCGGCUUCGUUCCCCCCGUCACUCCCGCAUCUCCCGAAUGCUGGUCUCGCAUUCGGGGGGUAACACUUAGCAGCAUUCGGCGAGGCGCUGAGUCCGGGGACCUCAUGAUGACCUUGUCCGUCAUUGAGCAGCUCGGGGAGGGCUGUGUGCUGACUGCCUCCCAUGAACACGCGCUGUGGGGUAAUUGGGGUCGACAGGUGCUCUACGUUUCGCCAGCGCAUUGCAGGCUUGUAGACGCCCCCAGCCAGGAAGCAGCAAUACGCGGAAUGAUAGCGGCCGUCGGUGCAAACCUGGCCAUAAGGUCGAGCCUGAUUGGCUUUCUGAAGCUGAUGCUGGUGGGCGCGGAGCCUGCACCCACGAUGUUCCGCAGCGUCAUCUACCACCCUGACCGCCGAUCUGACCUAGUGUGCAUCUGGUUCUAUCCAGUGCUGGUGUACGACGAGCCCUCGGGUCCCGGAGACGAAUCCGAUUACUGCGCGGGUCACCCAGUAACAUGGAGCCGACCCGUACCACCGUCGGCCUCCACUCCGGGGCCCCCGGCAACAGCUGCGUCGCCCUUCCCUCCGCCGAGCAGCAGCACUAGCUCACGGCCGCCGAGACUUGGCUUCCUGACCUUCACAGAUCUAGCCUACUCUGCCGCCCGGCAACACGAGGGCAUGCUCCGAGACCACAUGGCCCUAAAAUACACCCCCAAUCCGGUGACCAUGGUGGAUGAGGAGGGCGUCAUCGUGGUGCAGAACGCGGCAAGCGCUUCUGCCCUUGGAAUACAUGGCAUCGAGGCCCGCCUUCCCGGCAGCCCCCGCUUCAACUACCUCGCGGAGUUGUUUCUGAGCGAUCCUGGCGCGGAAGAAGACAUGCGGCAGGUGACCGCCACAGGGCGGACCUGGUCUCGGAGACUGCGUAUCAGUAACAGCGCGGUGCUGAGGAAGUGGUUGGAGCUUAGGCCGGGGGAGGAGAGGUGGCAUGACGUGCAGAUCUCCCGGCUCCGUGAUCCCCUCCGCUUGGGGCCCUCCUUCAUAGUGGCCGAGGUGGAUGUCACCGCGACCGUACGGGCUCAGAUGCAAGUGGACCGACUGCACCGCCAGCAGCAGGCGCUACUGAGACAGAUACUGCCCCAGCAGGUGAUCGAUGUGAUGUUGGCCGAGGAAUCGGAGGAAUCGGAAGAGGAGUCCCACCUCAUCUUACAGCCGAACCACCACCUGCCGUACUACCCGUACGCGGACGACCCCGAGUACGACGAACCGGCAAAGGCCUUAGUAAUACAACGGUCAACGUCCCUGCGUGACGUCAGCCGGGAGUCGAUCCCCCGCGUGGGCAGCGACAGCAACGUGAACGUCAGCAGCUCUCCAUUACCAUGUACGAGUAAUAAUGCCGUUCAACCAUUGCCGGCAGCGGCGGGAGGCAGCACGAACGCCGCCGCCGCCGCCGCCAGCAUCAGCAUCAGCAGCAGCGUCGUCGUCGUCCGGGGGCCUUCAACUGGCGAAUACUACGAGUCGCCCACUGCGAUGUCUACGCCGGGCACUACACCCACCUCUUCUUCUACGACAGGCCUCGCGGCGACUCCGCUGGAUCUACACACUGACGACGAUGACGAUGAGGGGCGCAGCAGCAGCACGGCCAUCCAGCUGACGCGGCGCCAGGUCAUGUCUCUCGCCACAUGGCACGACCAGGUCACGGUACUCUUCGCGGACAUUAAGGGUUUCACGGUCAUGUCGCAGCAGCUGCACCCCGCACGGGUCAUGCUCUUCCUAGACACCCUUUACAACGCGUUUGAUCUGCUGCUGGACGAGUGCGGCUGCUACAAGGUGGAAACCAUCGGAGACUGCUACAUGGUAUGCGGUGGGCUGUUUGCUCGUCCCUGCGGUGGCCCGGAGGGCGGCGAGAUGUUGCUGGGGGGCCUGGACCCCGACCAUGCCGCCAAGGUGCUCCGGUUCGCCCAGCAGAUGGCGAGUGUGGCUUCCCGCUUGCGCACCCCGCUAGGGGAACCCGUGGAGAUGCGCAUUGGGCUGCACAGCGGCCCGUGCAUGAGCGGGGUGGUAGGGCGGCGCAUGCCCAGGUUCUGUCUGUUUGGUGACACCAUCAACACGGCCAGCAGGAUGGAGAGCACGGGGGUGCCCGGACGGAUACAUGUCAGCGAGGCCACGAGAAACUUGUUGCCGCAUGAGCCGUGGGAGCCGCGGGGCGAGGGCAUCGAAGUCAAGGGAAAGGGGAUUAUGAAGACGUACCUCUGGGCUGGCGAUGUGGGGUGUCUAUGCCCCAAGAUGCGGGACCGGAUCAUCAACACUAUCGCGGGGGGCCCACCAGUCCUUAGCGGCUUCAGGUGCAGCAGCUUUAGAGGGGCAGCCGCCGACGCCGACGCGCCCGGAGACGGCAGUGGCGGCGGCGCUGGAUCGCCUUCCAGGCACAGUCUUCUGGGAGCGGGAGAAACGUUACUGCCCAUAGGAGCAGGUGUACUGAACUAG